UCGACACGCCCCGUUUGUGAAUAUAAAUCCAGCUGCUGGCAUGGUUUUACCGGUUAGUUUGUAAAACGAGGUUUUUGAUGGAAAAAUACAGAAUGACCAGAAGAACGACUUCUCUGCUGUUCAAGGCGCUGGUGGAUAUGAAGGACGGCACACUUUUAAAGGCUGUUCGUGGAAACAGCAGAAGAGCACACUUUAGACAGUUGGGAUCUUGUGGGAUCCUGACAGAAAGGAGAGCCAGCCUUCAGCUCAGCCCUGCCACCCCUACGUUGACAACUAGGCGCACCUUCAUCAACCUGGCUGCUCCCAUCAAUACCCGCAGGAUGGAGUACACGGAGAGCAGGAUAUUGGAGUACACUCCAGAAGAGAUGUACAAGGUGGUGGCCAACGUAGAGGAGUACAAGUAUUUUGUUCCCUGGUGCAAGAAGUCUCGAAUCCUGAAGGGACCGAAGGGAAACAUCCGAGCAGAGCUUGAAAUUGGUUUCCCUCCCAUCACCGAGCGAUAUACAUCUGAGCUCACUUUUGUUCCCAACCACCAAGUUAGAGCGGUGUGCUCUGAUGGAUCACUCUUCAGCCAUCUUGAAACGGUGUGGAGGUUUGCCCCGGGAGCCAAAGACCUCCCAGGCUCCAGCAAAGUGGAUUUCUUUGUGUCCUUUGAGUUCAAGUCUCUGCUGCAUUCUCAGCUGGCCUCCGUGUUCUUCGACGAAGUUGUAAAGCAAAUGGUCAGUGCCUUCGAGUUCCAUGCAGCGACUCUUUACAGAAACAAGCCAGUCGCUUCCUUGAGGAGUCAUGCAGCUAUAAGCAGCCACCUCUGACCUCUGCAGUGUCCUUAUCCUCCCGGGCUAUUGCCAAAACCAAGCCAUCGUGCUGCUUUCACUACGGUCAAUACUUGACUCUCAUCUGAGACCAGUUCUCCUGUUUGCACUGACCUAUAUAUUUUACUGUAAAUUAAACAUACUCAAACUGUAUUUAUUUUGAGCCAAAUUAAAAUUUCUGUACAUAUUUAUUUAUUUUACUGACAGUAAUAAUACAUCAAAUAAAAGUUUUUGUUAAAUGAAAGUGCUUUGAGAUCUGAUUCUGAUUUCUUGUAGUGUAACUAAAACUCUGUUUGUUGUCCAGUGACCAAUCAAAGCGUGAUGCCAGGAAAGAAACAAAGGUCAGGUUAUCAUAUUUGUAAUCUUUAUCAUUUAACUAAGCAUUCAAAGAAAAGGCGAAAACAUCUGCUUACGGGAAUAGUUGCACAAUGACCCCAGGGGUGCUGUUGACCUCUCUCUCCCAACUAAUUAGUAUUUGAACACAAAGAUAUCCAUACAUGGUAAAAGGUUGGGUUUUGUUUUCAGAAAUAUUCUCAAAAAAUGUGUCUAGUACUUUUUUUCUGUCUACCUUGGGUUUUAAAGUGGAAAAAACCUGACAUUUAGACCUUAUAACAAGAACCAUAUAUUAAGACAUACUACAGACUCUCCAGCACAAUAAUUUGACCUACUUCUUUGUAAAUUACCUGGUGUGGUAGGAAAGUGUUAGAAUUUUACUGGGGUUUUCCAAAAAUCAGUCAACAUAACCUCACAAACAAAGGC